CAGCUCGGUGGCAGCUAGCGGCGCGGCUGUAGCUUCCCCGGAGCUGUACGGCCCGGUGACAGUUAACACAAACCGGCUGCUUUCUCCGUGUGAGGUCAGAGGCAAAGAAACGGGGCGGCGUUAGUCCGUUUAGCCGCCAGCUGGAGCGGAGGGGAGCGGAGGGCUGGGAGCUAGCUGGCCGAGCCGAGCGAAGGCUAGCCCGGGGAGGAGACCGCAGCUAGCGAGGGGGGCUCCGGGUCAGCGGUUCUCCGGUGUAGGAGAGGCUCCAGGUCAGCGGUUCUCCGACAAACACAGAAGAUGGAGGAUUCCAGCAGCAGCAAACCCUUCAUGGUGACGUCGUCCCUGAACUUCAAAGUCACCACGCCGUCCUUCUACAACCAGCCAAAGAAGUUUGCGUCCGUGGCGCCGCCGCGGCCCAAAAGUCAGACUCCUCCGUCUCCGUCGCCGACACCGAUAGGCGCCGGGGUUAUCGGCCGAGUGGGAGACCUGCCGCCGCCGCCGCCUUCGCUCUGCGACGACUUCCCGCCCCCCCCUCCUCCUCCACUGGAUGACGAUGACUUGCCAGCCCCUCCCCCUGAAUGCCAAACCACACCCACCGCCUCCGAUGCUCCGCCCCCCACCUUCCCGGCCCCGCCUCCGGUGGCCGAUGACCUGCCCCUCCCCGCCCCCCCUGAGGAGAGCCCCUGCCCACCCACCUGUCCCUCCCCUCCGCCUCCGCCUCCCCCACCGCCUCCCCCCAGUGCUCCCAGUGCUCCCAGUGCUGCUGGGAACCCACAGAGGCUGGUGGAGAAGCAGACGAGCUUCGAUAAACAGCUCGACUCCCUGACCGACCUGCUGUCCGAGAUGGAGACCAGAGGACCCUUCAAUCCGAAGAUACCGGGCCAGUAUUCGUCAGCACCAGCACCCAAACCCGCGGCUCCUCCUCCGACUGCUCCCAAACCGGCGCUGUCCUUCCUGCCUCCCCCGGAGAUGGGCGACCGGCCUCCUCCUGCCCCGUGGGCCGAGGAGCUCAAAGCCAGAACCAACCGACAGAACAACCACGGCUCCGGACCCGGCCCCGCCGCCAAGGCUCCAGGUGUGGCGCCAAAGUCUGGGUUCGGAGGGAGACCCACGACGUCGUCCGCGUCUCUAGCCCAGAAGCUGAACCAGAACCUGAACCAGAACCUGAACCAGGUGCCCAGCCCGGUGAGCAGCGCUCCCAAACCUUCCCCUCCAGCAGCAAGCAGCUCCUUCCCUCCACCUCCUGCAGCUCCUCCUGCUCCUCCUGCUGCUCCCAGUAACGUGGCUCCAGCACUGGCUCCGAACCACAUAAAGAGUCCGGGCUUUACCGGCCCAGUGAAUGCAAACCAGAACCCGCCUGCUGCUGCUGCUCCUCCUCCACCCAAGACGAUGCCCUCUCCUCCCUCCUCCUUCAGCCAGCCGAUGAAAACCACCCCUGCAUCCACGCCUUCCCCUCCAGGUCCGAUCCUGAUCCCAGGUGGAGGCGUUCCUCUAAACAUGAAGGAGGUGGAGGAGCUGGAGAGGAUGACCAAGGACUUCAUUAAAGACAUGGACACACAUGCACCUGUCAUCACCUCCCCCCCGACAGAGGUUUGCGGGAAGUGUGGCGAGGCUCUGUCCAGGACUCAGCCGGCCGUCAGGGCCAUGGACAAACUCUUCCACUCCACCUGCUUCUGCUGCAUGAGCUGCCAGCGCCCCCUGCAGGGCAUGCAGUUCUACGACAGGGACGGAGCGCCGCAGUGUGAGGACUGUUACAUGAGCUCCCUGGCCAUCUGCUCCAGAUGCGGCGAACGGAUCACGGAUCGCGUCCUGAAGGCCGUCGGUCAGUGUUUCCACGCUCAGUGUUUCCGCUGCAGCACCUGCUCCUGCAUCCUGGAGGGGGCGCCCUUCAUCACAGACGACAACAACAACCCCUACUGCGUCCAGGAUUACCACAGGCGCUUCUCUCCGCUGUGCGUCAGCUGCAACGAGCCCAUCAUUCCUGCUCCGGGCAGCGAGGAGACGGUCCGAGUCGUGGCUCUGGACAAGAACUUCCACCUCAAGUGUUACCGCUGCGAGGACUGCGCCCGGCCUCUGUCCAUAGAGGCAGAUGAGAACGGAUGCUACCCGCUCGACGGCCGGAUCCUGUGCAUGAAGUGUCACACCCAGCGGGCCAAGCGCGCCGCGCAGUGAUGGGCUGACGCAGCGCCGCCCCGUUGAACCGCCAACCAAAUCCAGAAGCACAGAAUUCAUCCAGCUGCCUUUGCUACAGGGCUUAAUUCAGUGUGCUUGUGUGAGUGUGUGUGUGCAUGAAUGAGUGUGCGCACGAAUGAGUGUGUGUGUGUGCAGACUCGGUGUCGUCCCCCCCACGUCUGUUCCCUCGGUGCAGAGGUAAUGUACUGCACUGACCUCCAGCCCUCUCUGUGUGAAUCGGAGCCUAGUUUUUGUGCCAAUUCUAUGUUUACGCUAAAAUUCCCAGCAGAAGUUGCACAAGAAGAUCAAAAGAGCGGUCUGAAUUAAAGUUGCCUUUCCUCCGCGCGUCUCGCCUGAAUAUCCACAGUAGCACCGUGAGCUGAGAUAUUUCCACGCCGCAGGAGGAGAAAGCUCCCGUUUGUCCGGUUUUAACCCGCUGGUAGAAAAAUCUCUCCGUAAAAAAAAACUCCGGCGGCAUGUCGAAGCUUUCCUGCCUUUUCCAGUGCUUUUCAGCAUCAGCCUCUGACAGCAUUUUAAAAUCAUUUAGGGCUAAAAAAAAAAAACAACAAAAACACACAAACUGCAAACGGUGAAUGUUGCUCUUAGUGAUUGACGACUUACAGGCAUGAAUUCUGUCUUGUUGCUUCGUUUGAUCUUACAAGAUUAGAACAAAAAAAAAAACAGCUGAGAUGUCUUCUCAAAAAAAAAAAAAAAAAAAAAAGCUGAUUUAAUGAGUAUUUUUUUAGAUGCAUGCGUUUGGAUGCAGAAAUCGUGAACAAGCACAGAUUCGAUCCCAGCUGGACUCUCAUCGUUCAAACCAGCUGAGUUCCUUCAACCGUCGUUGCACAUCGUGAAAAAAAACAUCUUCUGACUCUGAAGUCGCCGCACAUGAUGCAUUUAGCUCAACGCCAACUAGAGUCAUGAAACGUAGCUUUUGAUAUGCAUUUCUUAGAAUCUCUUGCUUUAAAUAAUAUAAUUUAUGGACCUAUUUUUAUUGAGUAUUAACGUGUAUCAGCGCUAAGAUAACCUGUAGAGGCUUUGAGUAGCAGUUCAAACACAGCGACCAAAUAUUUCAGUUUGUUGGGAUCCAGUGUUCUGACCUUCAUCUAUGUUUCUGUGUUCGAGCCCAGUGUUUUAUUGUUACCACUAUACUUUCCAUUAUUCCACUUUUGUACUAUUUUAUCUUCUUUUUUUUUUUGCUGUACUGUAUUCCACUGAUGAACGUGUAUUUGGUUUGAACCUGGCGGCGUGCCUUCUCCACUGUUGUUUGCUUUCCGAAUCGAGCCACAGACGAUAAAUCGUAAAAGUCGACCCUGGCGAAGUUGUUAUCGCCAGACGGAGCGUCCGGCGUCAUCGUAUCGCGUCGCGUCGUAUUACAUGUGGAUGUCUUUUCAUAUAACUUUUUUAUACGUUUGAUAUGUGUGACUGUCUUGAACCAUUAUUUAGCCCCGACCCUCCAUCUUUGGCUGUAUCCAGAUAAAAACAAAUAAAGAAAGAUGCUGAAUACCAA